AGAUUUGAGUUGGUUUCUCUGCGUCUCGGAUCGCUGUACUGGGGCUGACGGAGCGCCUGUCCCUUAUCUGCUUUUUUCCUGUCAAUGGCUUUCAGGACAUAUUUUAUUUGAAUGUCUGGACCUUUAAAGUGACCGAUAAUGGAUAUUCUAUGGAUAUUAUGGACCGUACCGGCCGUAAUAGCUGUUGAAGAAACCCUAAUGGACUCCACUACAGCGACGGCAGAGCUGGGAUGGACAGUCUAUCCAGUGUCAGGGUCCAGCGACAACAGUUGGGAGGAGGUGAGUGGUUAUGAUGAGAACAUGAACACCAUCCGGACGUACCAGGUCUGCAAUGUUUUUGACUCCAACCAGAACAACUGGGUCCGCACCAAGUACAUCCGACGGAGAGGUGCCCAGCGUAUCCAUGUGGAGAUGAAGUUCUCCGUACGGGACUGCAGUAGCAUUCCCAACGUCCCGGGCUCCUGUAAAGAAACUUUUAACCUCUAUUACUAUGAAUCUGACUCGGACAUUGCCACCAGACACUCCCCUCCUUGGAUGGAGAACCCCUGGAUCAAAGUGGACACUAUCGCAGCUGACGAAAGCUUUUCCCAAGUCGACUUAGGAGGCAGGGUGAUGAAGAUAAACACGGAGGUUCGUAGUUUUGGUCCGGUUUCCAAAAACGGCUUCUACCUGGCCUUCCAGGACUACGGCGGGUGUAUGUCACUCAUAGCUGUACGCGUCUUCUACCGAAAGUGCCCUCGGAUCAUCACAAAUGGGGCAUUGUUCCAGGAGACUUUAUCAGGAGCGGAGAGUACAUCCCUGGUGGCGGCGAGAGGUGUCUGCAUCCCGAAUGCAGAGGAGGUGGACGUGCCCAUUAAACUGUACUGCAACGGAGAUGGAGAGUGGAUGGUACCGAUCGGCCGCUGCAUGUGCAAAGCUGGGAACGAGGCUGUCGAGAAUGGGACUGUUUGUCGAGCUUGCCCAUCUGGCUAUUUCAAACCAACCCAAGGAGAUGAGGCAUGCAUGCAGUGUCCCAUCAACAGCCGCACCACCAGCGAAGGCGCCAUGAAUUGUGUUUGCCGCAACGGAUAUUACCGCACUGACUCGGACCCUCUCCAGAUGCCCUGCACUACUGUGCCCUCAGCCCCCCAGAACGUCAUCUCUAGCGUGAAUGAGACCUCUGUGAUGCUGGAGUGGAUGGCUCCCAGGGACUCGGGGGGCCGUGAGGAUGUGGUUUUUAACAUUAUCUGUAAGAGCUGUGGCGGCGGUCGUGGAGGGUGCACCCGCUGUGGGGAUAACGUCCAGUUUGUGCCCCGUCAGCUGGGCCUGACCGACUCCAGGGUCUACAUCAGCGACCUGUUGGCCCACACGCAGUACACCUUUGAAGUCCAAGCUGUCAACGGGGUGUCAGACCAGAGCCCCUACUCCCCUCAGUAUGCCUCAGUCAACAUCACCACGAACCAAGCCGCUCCUUCCACGGUGUCCAUAAUGCAUCAGGUAAGCAGGACAGUGGACAGCAUCACCCUCUCCUGGUCCCAGCCUGACCAGCCCAAUGGAGUCAUCCUGGAUUACGAGCUGCAGUAUUAUGAAAAGGACCAAUCAGAGUACAACGCCACCACAAUCAGGAGCCCGACCAACACGGUGGUCAUCCGCAGUCUCAAGCCAGGGAGCAUAUACGUCUUCCAGGUCCGAGCUCGCACUGUGGCCGGGUUUGGACGCUACAGUGGCAAGCUCUACUUCCAGACCAUGACUGAGGAGGAAUACAACACCAGCAUCCAGGAGAAGUUACCUCUCAUCAUCGGGUCGGCAGCUGCUGGACUGGUCUUCCUGAUCGCUCUGGUGGUGAUUAUCAUUGUCUGCAAUCGGAGGCGUGGCUUCGACAGGGCUGAUUCUGAAUACACGGACAAGCUGCAGCACUAUACCAGCGGCCACAUGUCUCCAGGAAUGAAGAUUUAUAUUGAUCCGUUCACAUAUGAGGACCCCAACGAGGCUGUGCGCGAGUUUGCCAAGGAGAUUGAUAUAUCCUGUGUGAAGAUUGAGCAGGUCAUCGGUGCAGGGGAGUUUGGGGAAGUGUGCAGUGGCAACCUGAAGCUGCCCGGUAAACGAGAACUGUUUGUAGCCAUUAAAACGCUCAAAUCGGGAUACACGGAAAAGCAGAGGCGGGACUUCCUGAGUGAGGCCAGUAUCAUGGGGCAGUUUGAUCAUCCCAAUGUAAUUCGCCUGGAGGGAGUGGUCACCAAGAGCAGCCCCGUCAUGAUCGUUACAGAGUUUAUGGAAAAUGGAUCACUCGACUCCUUCCUUAGACAAAAUGAUGGCCAGUUCACUGUGAUUCAGCUGGUGGGGAUGCUGCGUGGGAUAGCAUCAGGGAUGAAGUACCUGGCUGAUAUGAACUAUGUGCACAGAGACUUAGCCGCUCGUAACAUCCUGGUCAACAGUAACCUGGUGUGCAAAGUGUCAGACUUUGGGCUCUCGCGUUUUCUGGAGGACGACACCUCAGAUCCAACCUACACCAGUGCUCUGGGAGGGAAGAUUCCUAUCCGAUGGACCGCCCCUGAAGCCAUCCAGUACAGGAAGUUCACCUCGGCCAGCGAUGUGUGGAGCUACGGGAUUGUGAUGUGGGAAGUCAUGUCCUACGGAGAGAGGCCAUACUGGGACAUGACCAACCAGGACGUCAUCAAUGCCAUAGAGCAGGACUACCGACUGCCUCCUCCCAUGGAUUGUCCCAGUGCGUUGCACCAGCUCAUGUUGGACUGCUGGCAAAAGGACCGCAACAACCGGCCCAAGUUCAGCCAGAUUGUCAACAACCUGGACAAGAUGAUCCGUAAUCCCAACACCCUGAAGGCCGUGACGCCCCUCUCCUCAGGGGUCCACCUCCCCCUUCUGGACCGGAGUAUCCCAGACUUCUCCAGCUUUAGUACAGUGGACGAGUGGCUGGACGCAAUCAAGAUGGGACAAUACAAAGACAACUUCGCAAAUGCUGACUUUUCCACUUUUGAAGUCGUUUCUCAAAUGACCAUGGAUGACAUCUUGAGGAUUGGAGUGACGUUAGCAGGCCAUCAGAAGAAGAUCCUGAACAGUGUGCAGAUGAUGCGGGCGCAGAUGAACCAGAUCCAGUCAGUGGAGGUCUGACAUUGGGAGGGAUAGGGGGCAAAGGACAGGAGCACAGGACCAGGGCUGUGGAGGAGGCAGUGGACCUAGAUUCUGUGGCAGUGUCUGUUGAGCCGAUCAGAUGCCCGUUCAUACCCUACCCCUCGCCUCCUCUGGAUUCUCCCUCCACCCUCACACCAGCUCUGGGCACUUGGUCCGACGGCCACCAGCCCUGGAGCCCUCACAUGGGAACUAGACCAGCAACUCCAUUUUGCAAUCUUCCAUCACUUUUCAUUUCAAGUUGAACAUUUUAAUUUUGUGGUUUGUUCAGAUAUUUGUAAAUUUUUUAAAGAAAAAGUGAACUAAAUUUAUAGAAGUUAUAAGGUUGUAUGGUAGUGAACUGCAUAGAAUGCUACCCUUUAAAAGGGCAAAAAAGAAGAGUCAAGGACAAGCUGAGGUUCAAGAGUGUACCCAGUCCUUGUCUGAGAAACAGUUGUCUGGCCUUUGGAGUGGGACAGAGCUGAGCUGCACUCCCAACUGUUUCUGUGAGAAGACCAAGACAUCCAUGAAAUGGACAAGUGUAGGCACAAACUCAUCAUUCAGACAGACUCAGCACUGGGACGUCUCCACAAGUACUUUUCUUAUAGUGUGAAACGUUGUGAUGAAGACCCUGUCACCAUGCUUCCUCUCACUGUAGACAAGAUGACAUUUCACAACCUGCCAAACAGAGCUGCUCCCUAUUUGCACCUGACCAUGACCCUAUACUGUACAUAUCAGCCCGCCUCACUGACACAGUGCUACACAGGAGUACAGAUGGCUUUAUUUUUAACAGUAAAAGAAGUGUUCCCGUGUUGGCUCAGCACGUUGAGUGUUCCUCCAUCAUCUCUCAUACAGCACACAUCAGUGAAGACAUUUUGAAGAGUGAGUGGUUCAUUUGAGUUUGUGCAGUAGAAUCUCUUUGGUACUAUAGUGUGGCUUUGACACAGUGUGGCUGCAUUCAAACAGCUGACCUUCUUCCAAUUUUACAUGGACCUUGCAUUUUUUUUCUUUCAAACACACAGACUCACGUAUCACUCCAGCUUAUGCAAAGUGCUCUCUCACAUACACCCCACUACUUAAUCAAACACUUUGUACAGUAAUGAUUUUGAUUUUGAGAAAACACUCUGGAUCUUCCAUUGAUGCUUGUUAUUUUUUUAGCAGUGAAUAAGUGCUGACAGGUUUUGGACGAUAUGCAUUUGGUUUGUAUGUGUGUUGUUGUCUUUGAGCUGUCCUUCUUCGUUUGUGUUGUCGUGGGUUACCUGGUGUAAAGGUCGCAGGGGUAAAGACUCAGUUAAUAGUGAUGUAGCGUUCCCUGGAGAGAGGAGAAAUCAGACUGACUUUAUGUAGUAAGUAACACAAGCACCAGCCUAAGGUCUGACAGGCAGACACAGGCAGACACAGGCCUCUGGCUAAACAGCGCCCCCCUCAGGCUGUGCCCGUGCUGUGGGACCUGCUUUGCUCCUGACGUACAUGUGAGCCGUGCACCUGUCAGUCCUCUCCGCUCCUGUCACAGUUGUCUGCUCUCAUCUGCCCGUCUGAAACAUCAAGAGCAGCAGGACAUUGGCACUCAUCACACAGGCUUUUGUUGGCUGUGUGCUCCGUGAUGCUGCGUGCCAAUCACUCCAUGUGUGGAACUAAAGGAUUCUCAUUCACUUCACAGUGCCUCCACU